AUGGCAAAUUUGGGUUUAUUGGAAUUCUAUGCUCUUCGUAUUCUACGUGAUCGGGUUGAAGUUCCGGCAGUAGUAGUAUUUCCUCCUCCUCCUCCUCAGCCCGAACGAGUGAUAUAUGUAUUGCAGACAUUUCAAGUGGAUGUAAGAAAUGUUGCUGAUGGGGAUUUCUUAACGGUGUAUGUGGAUGUUGCGGACACAAGGGAAGCGUCCAAUGUGCCCAAGGUUGUGCAAAUAGCAAUAUCAGAACGACUGAAAGCACGGGCAUUCAAGGAUUAUGCCAAGGCAGAUGCAUUAUACCAGAAGAUUGUGGAUGCUGGUUACAGACUCCUAAGAGGUGCAAACAAUGCGGAUAUUCUUGCAAAAAAAUACGGGAUUCGAUUGAGUGUUUACGGUGAGGAUAAAUAUGGUCUUCCUGUAGGAAGAAAGUGUGCAUGGCAUAAUGCAUCCUUUGACAACCGCCCUGAACUUGCAAAGUGGGAAAUGGAGGCUAGAGCUUCUCAGGUCGGAUUGUGGGAAUUAUCAAAUCCUGAGAAGCCAUUGGAAUGGAAAAAAAACAACCCUGAAAUGCCAUGGGAUUGGAGAAUACCAAUCACCACUAAAAGAACUCUUUAG